AUGUACAACCAUCACUCUCAACAUCGACACGGCUCGGGCUCUCGCUCCUCCUCCUCCGCCACCGAUGCACCUCAAGGCGCUCUCGGAGCGCUUGCCGACUGGGCCGCUCGCAACCUCGAUCCCGAAUCGCUCUCCUCACCCGUUUCGGUCUACAUCGAACGCUGCUGUCACCCUUCCCUCUCCUCACCCAAUCUCGCGCUCAACUUGGAGCUCGCCGACUACGUCAACACCAAGAAAGCAAACACUCCGCGAGAAGCUGCCUUCGAGACCGUCCGCAAAAUCAACUCUCGCAAUCCUCACGUCGGUAUGCUCGGGUUAGCGCUCUUGGAUAUCCUCGUCAAGAACUGCGGUUACCCGUUUCACCUUCAAGUUGCGACCAAGGAGUUCCUCAACGAGAUGGUCAAACGGUUUCCAGAACGACCCCCGGUCUUCCCGUCGCCGGUGCAGAGUAAGAUCCUCGAGCUCAUUCACGAGUGGAAGCUCACGCUGUGCGUCACCAGCAAACACCGGGAAGAUCUGGUCCACAUCCGCGACAUGCACCGUCUCCUGACCUACAAGGGGUACAGAUUCCCCAACGUCGAUUCCAGAGCCGCUAGCGUUAUGAAUUCGGACAACAACCUCAAAUCGCCAGAGGAGCUCGAAGAGGAGGAUCGCGCUGCCCAGGGUGCAAAGCUGCAAGAGCUCAUCCGAAGAGGUACACCCAAGGAUCUGGCUCAAGCUCAAGAGUUGAUGAAGAUCAUGUCCGGUGCCGAACCGGAGAACAAACCCGACUACCGCAAGCAAACUAGGAGAGAGUUGGACAAGGUACAGAGCAGGGCGAUCCUGCUGAACGACAUGCUGGACAAUGCCAAGGAAGGGGAGAGAUUCGUGGGCGGAGACGCGUACGACCAGAUCGCGAGCCAUUUGAGAAGCGUCCAGCCGAGAAUUCAGAAGUGGAUCGGCGACGUGGAGGAAGGCAGCGGAGGAGGCGAAGCAGCGGACAACAUGGACAGGUUGUUGCUCGUCAACGAUCUGAUCAACCAGGUGAUCGAGAGGUACAAGCAGUUUACCAAGGGCAACUUUGAUGCGAAGGUGACGAUCGAUCCGAGCAUCGAUCCUAGCAAGGGAGGCGCUGAUGCGGUGCCGACCGCCAAGAUCAGCGAUCUGAUCAGUUUCGAUGAUGACGACGGCAAGACGAACACGCAGAAGACAGAAGGUGGGAGCAUCAUGGACGAUUUUGCUUCGUUGACGUUCGAUGACGCUCCGGGCGCGAAAGCUGCGUCGUCGUCGUCAGCGGCGGCGCCGACAACUGGGCUCGGUGGGCUGCCGGCGGAUCUGUUCAGCAACGACAGCGGGUCAUCCACCCCGCGAUCCGCCAAUGCUGCCACAGCCAACCCAGCGUCGGGGCUGGGCAACUGGGGUGCAUUGCAGUUGCCGACGACGGCGACGUCGACUUCCACCUCUCCGCGCAUCCCACCAGCCGCUCCUGCUGCUGCUCAGCAAACCAACCAAGGCCUGCUCGAUAUGCCCGCCCUGACGCCUUCCUCCAACACCGCGUCCCGCUCGACCAACGGCUCAGCUCAGCAAAAGCAGCAGCAGCAGCAGCAACAGAAACCAAAGUCCAACGAUCCAUUCGCUGAUCUCGACGCCAUGUUCAAGUAG